AUGCGUGACAACGCAUCAGAGCGCGAUCCCACCAACCGCUACCCAAUUCACUUACCGCCUGCUUACGGGUUUAGCCACCGUCGGGUGGGUAGCCCCUGUCUAUUUAACCACUACCCAACGAAACUCAUCAGCCCGUCCGAAUCCAAACGCAAGGCACCAAUUACGGCACGAAUCCGUGGCCGACAAUGGGUCGACGCCGGGGCUCCGAAAACCACUCAGACAUAUCUCGAUACCCAGGCACCGACGAAGUGGAUGAUCAUUCCGCACCGGAGGCGGUCAGGUGUCUACCGACACGCGCGUGAUAACACAAUCUUCGUUGCCAGAGAUAAAUGGGCCGCCCGAGAACAUCCCACGCUGCGACCAAACGGUAGGAAUGCGAAAAGACCCCAUCCCCCCUCAAACGACCAUGUGGAGAGACGAACCUGUGGUCUUGAUCUCUCUCCGGAUAUAACCUCGGUGGAAAAGUUCCGACACUCGCCCACCCAACGAGAAUUUGUACAUGUUCGCUUCGCGCCAGGAUAG